AUGUACCUAUCACUAUUGGAGGAGGAGCAUGCUGUUGAUGCCCAUGUUGAUGCCCCUCACAUUGCUGAUAUUCCUGCUGAUCCUGUUAUUGCCCCUUUUCCUGACCUUGUGCCUGUACAGUUCAAUCAUGUGCUUCUUGCCGCCCAAGUUAAUUCUCGAUACGCGCACACUCGAAGUGGGUGGAUAAACGAUGACAGUAGUUACCCACCUUUGGAGUUUCCUGUGACACUCCCUUGGUGUACCUACCAGUUUUUCCUAGAAUGCAACCCUCCGAAUUUCGGCGGCACGGGAGGUGCCAUAGCAUUUGUAAAAUGGGCUGAGAAUGUGGAUGCCGUUGUGCGAAUGAGUGGUUGCACGCCAGAGCAGCAAGUCCCAUACAUUUCCGGAUUGCUACAAGAUGGAGCUCUGUUAUGGUGGGACCGUAAGGUUCGAGAGUUGGACGAGGCUGUAGCUUAUGCGAUGUCAUGGAGCGAGCUGAAAGAGAUAAUGCGAAAGGAGUAUUGCUCUCAGAAGGAUAUCCUAGGGUUGGAAUUAGAAUUCAGGGAGCUACAGAAGGAAGGUCCAGAUGUGGUGAAGCACGUAAAAAGGCUUUACGAUUUGUCGCGAGUCGUUCCGUACCUAGUGGAACCCGGGUUGAAGAGAAUGGAGCAAUCCAUAUGGGAACUGACACCUCAAGCCUUGAGCUUGAUGAUGGUAUCAACGCCACCAUCCCCCGUGAUUGCCCAUGUGAUAGGACUGGAGCUCACUAAGGAAGCACUUAGGUUGGUGAAACUUUCGAUCCCGGAUGAGAAGAAGGAAACACCAAUGGAGACAUCUGGGAAGGACAAAAGGAAGCUUGGUAAAUCUCAGGGAGGUGAUCAGGCAAAAGAAAGGAGAAGGGCCAAAAAGGGAAAGAUGUACCUGGGUAAUCUACCUAAGUGCGAAGUAUGCCAGCGCCAUCAUAAAGGGAAGUGUAGUAUUAGGAAGUGUGACAACUGUGGAAAAAGGGGACACGACAGGGAAACGUGUUGGCAGGAGACGAAAAGAGGAAAGGAAGGUUGUAACUGCGGUGGUAUGGGGCACCUUGGAAAGGAUUGCCCAAGGGAGACUAACCAAGACCACGAAGAAGCAUCCAACACCAGAGCAAGUAAGGCCUGCCAGGAUCCAGAUAUGGUCACUGGUACGUUCUUUGUCAACCCAAAGUCUUGCAUUCACAUUAUUUGA